GCGGAUUGAUUUCCAUACAGGUCCCUCCGUCCUCGGCUCCAGCCCUCUUUUGACUGUCAAACCAGGCGGCGGGGCUCGUUUAGGUUUUUGUUUUUUUUAUAUUUUUCUCCCUCUCCGCCCUGCGCAUCCCGCAUCCAGUCACUACAGCAGAGAGGAGCGCAGGGGAGUGCCCAGCGCCGCGGACAGCCGACACACGCAGCCUCCUCCUCCUCCUCCUCCUCCUCUUCUUCUUCUCGUUCCUCUCGCCUCCAGCUGAAGCAGGACUCCUCUGCCGGGCCAACUCCACCGACCCUCAGCUCGUUACUGUCGCUGUCGAAGCCCAGUCUGCAUCCUCCAUCAGCCGGUUGCGCACAAAAUCGACCAGCGGUUCUCCCCGGCAGGCCCUGACGCAUCAUGGAGGAGUUGGACGUCCCACAGAUGAGGAGAGAAGUGGAAAGCCUUCAGUAUCAGCUGGCCAUCAACAGAGAGAAAUCCUCCAUCACCGUGACCGAGCUGGUGAAGUGGAUCGAGGGUUGUGUUUGUGAAGAUCCAUUUCUGAAUCCCGAGCUGAUGAGAGCCAACCCAUGGGUGGAGAAGGGCAAGUGUGUGAUCCUCUAACGGACACACACACACACACACACACACAAACACACACUCACGGAUGCAUAUAAUCUGAAGAAUCACAGACACACUGCACUAACGCACUAACUCACUAACUCCCUCAUUCACUCUCUUACAUUUUUGCUAUUGUCACGUUUAUUUAUUGGGAGACCCCUGUAUGCUUUUAGGUUAAGUCUGCUGUGUGUGUGUGUGUGUGUGUGGGUGUGUGUGUGUGCAUGCGUGCGUACGACACUGAGAAGCUUUCUAGAGGUUUGUUUUGACGGACUGCUGAGAAAUGUUCAACAACACGUUUUUAUUGGCUCUUUACACUGUCAAUCAAAAUAAAGACUGUUUUGAAUUUAA